AUGACUGCUCUAUUAUCUGAAAAAAACUAUGAUACUAAACAAAGCAUCAAACUACUCACGUUUAAUACAUGGGGGUUGAAACUACUUUCAAAGCAUCGCAAAGCAAGAUUACAAGCAAUAGCUCACGAGUUGGCAAAUCCAAAGACGUCAGAUGAUGACUACGAUGUUGCGGCGUUACAGGAGAUUUGGUGUGAAGAGGACUGGGCAUAUAUAGAACACGUUUGCCGCAAAAAGUACCCCUAUCGCCGAGUGUUCAAAUCGGGUAUAAUUACAGGUCCUGGUUUAGCAGUUCUUUCAAAAAUACCCAUUGUUGAGACUUUUCUUUAUCGUUUCCCCAUAAACGGGAGAUCGUCGGCAUUUUUCCGAGGUGACUGGUACGUGGGUAAAAGCAUUGCAGUGACUAUGUUCCAAUCUCACGUACCAGGAAGCCUCCCUAUAGCAUUAUUAAACAGUCAUAUGCAUGCGCCUUAUGGCCAAGGUGAUGCUAGUUACUCAACACAUCGAGCUUGCCAAGCUUGGGAUUUUGCAAAAUUAGUGCGAAUGUUGAAAAAAGCUGGUUAUGCUGUGAUUCAAGUUGGCGAUUUGAAUUCCAAACCUGAAUCAUUGCCCUAUAAGAUUUUCACCGUGGAAGCAGGAUUAACCGAUUCUUGGAAUGUGUUGCAUCAUGAGAAAUUAAUCACUAAAAGUGAAGAAAUUGCAAAGUUGAGCUCAGAAGACCAAAUCAAACUUGCAGGCGUUACUUGUAACUCAAGGUUAAAUACUUGGAGAAAAUCGAGUAAAGCAGGCGACGCGUGUAGGAUAGAUUAUGCACUUAUUGAUGCCGAGAAUAUCAUUCCUAUUAAAGCACAGGUCAAAUUCACUGAAGUAUUGCCAAGUCCUUUACUUUGCUCGUAUUCUGACCAUUUUGCUUAUAGUGUUGAGUUGAAGAUAAACUCUCAAGCACAACAUGUAACGCCAGAAGAUAUGCAUAACUUGAAAGAAAGAGAAGGUGUAUACAAGGCCUUGAUCGCAGAGAUCAAGCACUAUAGAAGAGUGACUAUACCAUUUCAGGCUAUAUGGAGAAAAGUAUAUUUUUUCAUAUCGGUGAUCAUAGUCAUUGGAAUGCAUGUUGGGAUCGUGUUUGUUGCAGAUGUUGCAGGAUGGAUCUCGGUGAUUUUUUUACUCAUAACUACUAUCCUCAUUGUUUCUGGUUUAUUGAAUGGAAUGAUUUGGUAUUUUGGAGUGAGGUCAGAACUGAGAGCAUUGCAAGAAGUUCAAAUGGAAGUUGAAGAUGCUUAUACAUAUAUCCAAGAUUUAACAAUGGAGAAAACCCGAAGAUCAUCACAAUCCCAUCGUAAAGAGUCUCUGGAUAUCCAUGUUCAAGAGCUUCAAUGA